AUGGUUCUCAUUUUACUUGUUCUACUUAGUCUGCUAAACAAUACCUCAGCUCUCUUUAGGGCUUGUCCUGACUGUGGCGGCCUUCAAGUUCCAUACCCACUAAGCACUAAUGAGGAUUGUGGAGAUUCUAGGUACAGAAUCUACUGCAACAGUGGGAGUCUAGAGUUCUUAUCAGCCACUGGGGUUUACUAUAAGAUUCUGAGAAUUUACCCAAGUGCUUAUAAGCUGGUGAUUAAGCCACCGGUGAUAGAGAAAGACACAUGUUACACAUCUGAUCUCCCAGAAGGGGGUUUGUUACUUGAUGAGAACUUGCCAUUUAAUAUUUCUACCCACAAUGUUGUGAUGUUGUUUAACUGCUCUGAUAAUAUACUGCGCUCUCCUUUGAAUUGUUCAUCGAACAGCAUAUGUAGGGAGUUCGAGCAGAAGGUGGAGGAGGGAAGAGAAUGCAUGAACACACUUUGCUGUCAUUACUUGAAAGACUCAGCCAUGAAUUCUCAUAGGAUUAGAGUCAGGCUUGGAGGCUGCACGGCUUACACUUCCUUGGUGGAUUCUCAGCCUCGCGACUCUAUUGCUUCUUGGAAUUAUGGCGUUGAGCUUCAGUGGGUGCCUCCUAAUUAA